GUCCGGGAAGUCACAUCAUCGCGUAGACUUAACUCAGAAAAUAUGGUGAACAAUAAUAUUAUUUUUACUAUUUUAUUUAUUGUAUUUGCUAAUACUUAUGUAGAGAGUUGUUUGAUUACGAAUUGUCCUCGAGGUGGCAAAAGAAGCGGGAAGACUGGUCUGAUGGAAUCUAAUUUGAAACCGUGCAUAUCAUGCGGCCCAGGACACACCGGCCAAUGUUUCGGUCCAAACAUUUGCUGUGGUCCCUUCGGAUGUUUGUUAGGUAGCCCGGAGACUGUCAGAUGUCAGCGAGAAGGAUCCUUCCAUGAAAGAGAGCCCUGCAUCGCCGGCAGUGGCUUCUGUAGGAAAAACACCGGACGAUGUGCAACGGACAACAUAUGCUGCGACCAAGAUUCCUGUUACACCGACCGACAAUGUUCCAGCGACGAAAAACUAAAAGCAGAAGCCCUCUCCGGAUUGGACAUCUACAAUUUCCUCAACACCUACCCCGCGGAGAUAACCAUCGAGAAAUAGAUCGAUGACACGAGAAAAAUUCAUCCUAUUUACGAAAAUGCACCAAAUUGUUAAUAAAUACUUGUAUCAAUAAAAAUUUAUACUUA